AUGUUGUCAACAAAGGAAGACCAGUACCAAUGGAAACUUAAAGAAGAAGAAAUUCAAAAAACAAAAGAUGAAAUUGGUACACGACGUAAAGAACUAGAAGCUUUGAAUACGGCAUUAUCCUUAAUGCCAGCACGUUCUCUUUUUAUUUCAUCAUCAUCAUCAUCAUCAUCAUCAUCGACAAUAUCUAAAUUAAACAAUGAUAAUCAAUAUUCACCAUUUGGUGAAUUAUUAUUCAGUUGCAAGUUAAAAGGGCAAGAAUCUUCUCCUUUUUUUAUUUCUCGCGUUAAUCAUAAUCAUGACUCAUUGAAUCAUUCAAAGUUUUUUGACUGGGAUAUUCGUCUUACAGCAUUUCUUGUAUUUUGCAUUGAUAAUGUCUCAAUUAUUGACAAUAACAAUAUGAAUUUAAUUACCUAUCUUAUUUAUCAACAAUACCAAAAUUACAAUGGACAAACACGUUAUGCAUCUAUUGGAUUUACUACUCUUCAUCUUUAUUAUGCUUAUCCAGAUAAAAAACGAGCAAGAAUAAGUCAUAUAAUAGUUUUACCCCCAUAUCAACGAAAAGCUGAAAAUCCAACAAACGGAUUUAUUGCAUUACGUGAUCUCGUUUUACUUGAACUAUGUCAUAACCUUUUACCUGAUUUAUUUUCAAAGGAGUCGAUAAUUAAAAUCACUCGAUUAACACAAGAAAUGAUUAAUCAAGCGCGAGAUGUUUGUAAAUUAGCAAAGCAACAAACACGACGUGUUCAUGAAAUAUGUCUUCUUCAAUCAAUUAAUGGCGACGAUAAAGAGCAAAUGAAACAGUUUCGUUUAAUUGUUAAACGACGUCUUUUUGUAUCAUUACAAAUAAAAUAUUUCUUUCAACUUCGUUAA